UAAACUAUGGUUUUGGCAGCUGAUAUUGUUUUGUGUAAACAAAUUGCAGUGGAGUCAACUAUCGAUAUGCACGGCGCUCAACAACACCUAUUAAACAGCUGCUCAAGAUUUGUUGUUUUGUUUAUACUGGCUGUAUUAUUUUUCAAAUUAUGUUAAAAAGUAGCAAUAUUAAUAGCGUCAUCAAUGAGCAGCUCGCUGCCGGUCAGACAGCCAGUGACCAAAGGAACCACCUGAACUCCAAUAAGAAUUCAACAUCCGACCAUUCCACCUGUUGGCAAGGAAACAAUCCGGAUGACUUGGGUGGCAGUCUUGCCGCAGUGCAACUGUCCGCUGGGGUGCUCCAAAUAGCAGAGCCACCGCUGGACCGUGUGCGCAGCCAGCUGAGGGAACUGAUUGGCAAACAAAACAAGAUCUACAUCGACCUGUCCAAGGAAAAGUACAAGCUGGACUGCAGUGAAGUAGCAAAGUUAAAUGAUAUGAUGAACGACGUGAAGCGCUACAAGGAAAAGCUGACGCGAGUCAAGAGGGAGAUGCAGGGUAUCUACCAACGUACCAAAGAGUUGAAGAAACGCGCCGCCAACGUGGCGGCAUGCAAACAGCGUGAUUACCAGCGCAAGCUCGAGAGGCAGCAGCACGAGGAGUCGCUCAUUGGCGGCCAGAAGACGCAGUAGAACAGCGACCGCUUGGCAGCGUGCAAUUUAAAAUAAUAUUUGGAUUUUUCCAUUAAUAACUAUCUAAGUACUAAAUACACAAACAACAGUAGAACAAAAGUUGGACCAUUUGGAAAAACAUAUUAAUAAUUAUUUGUAUAAGUGUUAUGCAGCGUGUAUCUGCUACGAUACGUUGGAAAUUAUUAUAUUUCUUGACUGUAAUUUAGGUAUAAUUAAGUAAAUACUUUGGAGAUUUCGCCAGAACAAAGCCACAUGCACGCAGAGCGAGGCCAGCGCCAUGAGCCAAUCGAAUACAUUUAGCUAUCAAUAUUAAAUAAUAUAAUCAUAUGUUAAACAUUAAGAUCGAGAGUGUGAGAAGCAAUAUUUAAACAUUCACAGCGCCAAAAGCAGCGGCUUAUUUAUACUUAAAUUUAUAGUAAAAGUUGAUCAAAAAAAUGUAA